CAACAUUUGUUCACUAUUUUUAAAGCCAAUUGUGAAAUGAAUUAAAGCCUUAAUUGAAGUAAUGAUUAGUUGAUUGUAUGGUUAGAUUCAAAAGCAAUCAUGAAUUGUAAGAAUUCACUCGUUUUACUAGUGUUUGUCACACUAUUUCUGGCCAUAAGAGGCGAAAAGAAGACAAUUAAUCAGUUAAGAGAUUACGAGAUUGUGGAGAGAAAUGCUGUGAAACGCCAUACAAUUGCCCGAAGAAGUGCCGAAAGUGGGAACAAUCGCAACGAAUCCGUCGAACAUUUGGUCACAUUUCGUGCCAUUAAUAAAGAUUUUAAUUUAUUAUUAUCUCAUAAUAAAGACAUAAUAACUAGCGAUGACUUCAACGCCUUCGCUGUGGACUCGAAUGGUCGCAAAGAACCCAUUGUUGUCGACUCUAAUGAGUUCUAUUUGGGACGAGUCGAUGGAAUUAAGGGCUCGUCUGUGAGGGCGCACAUCGGGUCCGACGGAGUGAUGAUGGCCUCCAUUCAGACCGGCGACGAGACUUACGAAGUGGAACCCAUUUGGAGACAUUUGGCAGACCAUCCAAACAGAGACUCAAUGAUAAUCUACAAGCGCUCAGACGUGUUAACACAUUCCUCCACUGUAUCGACAGCUGACCAGAAGUCGAGACAAUUCUGUGAUUUCAUUAAAUUUGGUGAUAACGUCACCAAUGAAUACAUCGAAGCCGAAGAGCGAAUUCGCCGAAAACGGGACACACUUUACGACUUCAGCCAAAUGGCCGUUUCGGACGAAAUCAACGCACAAUUCAGGCCAACGCAGACCCAUUGCGCCAUCGUUUUGGUCGCCGACCACUACUUCUUCGAGUCGAUGGGCGACGGGAACCAAAAGACGACAAUUAAUUAUUUGAUUCACAUUAUCGAUAGAGUGAACAAUAUAUUCAAUAACACGGAGUGGACGGACGACGAGCGGCGGCCGGGCUUUAAGGGAAUGGGCUUUUUCAUCAAAGAGAUUCAAAUACACACCGAACCCACCCUUGAUAUCGAUCACUACAACUCACUGUAUUCGCGCCGUUCGGUGCGCGAAGUGUUGGAAGCGUUUUCGCUCAACAAAGACAACAGUCAGUUCUGUUUGGCCCAUCUCUUCACUCACCGUUCGUUCGACGGCUCAGUUCUGGGUCUGGCAUACGUGGCCUCACCGCGCAUGAGCUCAGUCGGCGGCAUUUGUAGCCCGAGUUAUUACGGCUCGACGUCCAGCAACACUGCCGGCAGAAACCUAUACCUCAACACUGGUCUCACGACAACCCGAAACUCUUUUGGCCAAAGAAUUAUUACCAGAGAAGCAGUAUUAGUGACGGCCCACGAGUUCGGUCACAAUUGGGGCUCAGAACACGAUCCUCACACCGAAGAGUGUUCACCGCCCGCACAG